GGUUGAAACUGCCAUGCAGGGUUUUACUGUACAAAGGAAUGUUCGAGGUGGUUUGGAGCUGGCGUUGGAGAGAGAUCGCCGCGAAAACAGCGAACAUAAAAGGUCCCCAAACAUUUCCGUUUUUAGGGUAAGUCAGGAGGUCAGAGGUCAGGGCGCUGACCUAGCGUACGAAGAGCAUACCUGCCGGAAGGAUUGCUGCAGUCGCCAAGCUUCUGAGCUCAAGGUGCGUUCUGAGGAGUCUUGUUCUAACAAGCACAAACAGUCUUCAGGGACACCAUGGCGGCUAAGGACGAUAGUAUACCGAGCGAGAAACCUGGCGUGGUCAAUCUGCCUCAAUGGGAGCAGGGCUGGCAGAAGGCAACGGAUGCUGGAAAGGAUCCGCAAUUCCAUGUAAAAAAUGUCCAUCCGAUAUUGUCCAAGCACCUGGAACAGCUGACAGGAGGAAGGUCUGGACUGAAGUUCCUGUUUCCUCUGUGUGGAAAAGCUAUGGACAUGAAGUGGCUUGCUGACCAGGGACAUACCAUUGUUGGUGUGGAUGGGGUGGAGGAUGCUGCACGGCAGUUUUUUCAGGAGAACGCAAUUCAGCCAACAGUGACAGAGGUGCCUGCACUGAAUGGGAAACUUUACCAGGGAAUGGAAGGCAGGAUCUCCAUCUAUAUUUGUGACUACUUCAACUUCAGCAGCGAAGUCAAAGGCCAGUUUGAUGCCAUAUGGGACAGGGGAGCAUUCGUGGCCAUCAAUGAAGUAGAUCGGGAAAAGUACAUCCGACUGAUGAAGGCUUUGCUGAAGCCUGAUGGGAGGUGUCUGAUGGAGGUCAUGCAGUAUGAGCCCAGCUUGUUCCCAGGUCCACCCCACAAUGUGCCAACGGAUGAACUAAAACAACUUCUGGGUGAUUACAACAUGGCCCUUCUGGACACUGUGGACCACACAGAAAGGCUGGGGAAACUGUUUAACCUUCCCUGGAUCAACACGGCAUACUUUCUCAUCAAGGCGUCAAACUGAUGUGCGGUGAAGACUUCUCAAUUCCACUUAGUUUUGACUAACUGCACUUAAUGCACAUUUAAGGUAUGAUGGCAAGUAGUGCUGCGUACCUAAACUCAAGUUCAGGGUCAAGACCGGAUUCAGGUUCAAGUCCGUAUACAGAUCCACAGGGUAAAGUUCAGGUCAGUACAUCAUAUAUGUCUGGACCUGAGCCCAUGUGAAAUACUUUUUCGGAUGUGUAAAAUUGCAUCAUGGCAUAGAUUUUGCAACUUAUAUACAGUCAGUUACUAGUGUGUAGUAAACAUAGCAAACACUACUACCUGACAGUAAUAAACACAAAAACAGAAAUGUUUUUGCCAGCUUGAGCACAAAUUUCACAAUUUAUACCAGGUUUUAGAUGGUUUUAAAAGAACGAAAAGGAGAAUAUAAGCAAGAGAUAGUUCUUUAACAGGUUCUUGAUGUUAAGGUUUUUUUAACCAAGCCAAAAUGUUUCUACAAGUCUAGAUCCAGGCCGGUGUACAGGGUUACAGCACUGAUGGCAAGUUGAUAAAGUAAGACCAUUACAUGUCUUUCAAAGUUGACAUGUGGUUCAAGGCCUAUGUGUAGCAUAGAAGUAAAUUAAACAUAUGAAAAUUCAGACUUAUACUCGUGACCUAUAAAAUGGGCCAAAUGUGAGAUUUAACCAUUUUGUUGAUUGACCCAAAAUACAUCAACCCUGGAAUAUACUAUUUUAGGGACUAAAACCAGAUUUAGACACAGGUACAGGUACAGGGGUGUAGGUACAGGCUCAGACUUGUAGUACCUGUACCUGUACCUCACUACUGUAUUUCACAUACUAAUCUAUGCUCUUCAAUGACGAUAGAAACAAACAAUUAAUGGACUGUUUAUUCAGACUUCAAGUAAAUUUUCAAAAUGCAGAAAACCCAGUACAUGCUUUCAAGAGGAUUUUACAUAAAAGAGGUUGCUGAUUUUAACACCCAUACAGUGUUUUAAUAUUUGUCAGGGCUCGAAAUACUGGGUGCAUGUGCACCCAGGUGCACCCAAAACUGGGGCUGUGCACCCAAUUAUUUUCUGUGGGUGCACAUGGUGCACCCAAAUAUUUUCUUAGGUUUAUGUAUGUAAAGAUAUCAAAGUAUACUAGUAUACAUCAUAUUUUUGAUGUGUUAGAAAGAUAAUAAAAUGUCUGUCAUGGUACUUGUUUAAGAAUUUGAUAGCUUGUAACUAAGUUUUAUUAUUAGGUUAUUACUUAAAUUUAAGUGGUGUACCCAAAAAAUUUUUGGUGCACCCAAUUUUUCCAAGCUGGGUGCACCAGUGCACCUAAUCCCAAAAAUGAAUUUCGAGCCCUGUUUGUGGUAGGAACAUUUGAGUGUAAGGUACAGUAGGGAUACUUAUGUUCAGGUAUUUUUUACCUGUAUUGUUUACCGUUCAUUCAUAAAGCUUAGACAUCCAUGUAGUAAGAUACACCAAAUAGCAAUUACUCAAGCAACUGGAUAUGAUUUUGGAUACGGUCAGAUGUUUCAGAUAGAAAGAUCCGUCAUCUUUCGUCAGUGUCAGUGACACUGAAUAGAUCCUGUUGUAGAACAGGUUUUAUAUCCUGAAAAGUCUUACCUUUGUUUCCUAUUGAACUACAAAAAAUUGCCUUCAACUCUUUUGCCCAUCAAUUCAUAGAUUGAAUAUAAAACCUGCUUUACAACAAGAUCUGUUCAGUGUCACAGACCAAAGAUAACUGAUGUUAUCUGAAAUGUCUGACUGUUUCCGAAAUCAUAUCCAGCUUGUAAUAACUAUUUGGCAUAUUGUUUACAGUACUUUACCAGUAGUGGGUACCCAUACACAUUUCUACAUGUGACACGAUUAAAGGCAUUCACUCAAUACA